AUGCCGGGGUCCCCCCCGGGGUUGGAGCCGCUAAGCUCGAGCCUCAGCCCGGCCGGCUGGGCGCCGGGGGCCGCCGGCGGCGGCCUGCUGGCCGGCGCUUACAGCAGCGACGGCGGCUCGAGCAGCGCUGCGGACGGCGCGGGCGGCAGCCGCCGCGGCGCGGGCGCAGGCGCGCCCGCUUCCGCUUCCGCGGGCAGCAGCAGCCCGGAGGGCGGCGGCGGGGCCGGCGGCUGGUUUGCUUGGCCCGCUGCGACGCCGCACCCAUUGAGCCCGCUCGGCAGCGGCAGUUGCGGCGGCGGCGGCUUGGCCCCUCGGCUUGUUGUGCCUGGCCCUGCCGGCAGCGUCUGCGGUGCCGGGCCGACCGCGUUUGAGCUUGGCGGGCUGCGGCCGGCGGCCGCGGCGGCGGCGCAUGAGCCCGGCCGCAAGAGCUUGGGCCCCCGUGGCGGCGCGUUUGGGAGCUUCAUAUGCGGCACCGGCAGCAGCGGCGCCGGUGCCGCCGCGGCGGCGGCGGGAGCUGCGGCGCCGACGACGCCCAGCCUGGCCGCUGCUGCGGCGCGGGCCGGCGCUGGCGCUGGCGGCUGCGGCGGGACACCCGAGUAUGCGCCACACGUUAUGGUGGUCCUGACAGACAGCGUCGCUGACAGCGCGGCGCCCGCUGCCGCGGGGGGCGAGGGCAGCCCGCUGGCGCCGGCCGAGCGGCCGCCCCGCGGCGGGCGCGGCGGCAAGCACAGGCAGAAGGCAAAGCUCAACCAGUCCCUGGCCGCGCUCGCCGCCGCCGGCGCGGCGCCGGGCGCGGCGGCGGCGGCGCAGCAGUACGUGCGGCGCUGCCUGGCGCAGUACAAGCGGCGACACCACGGCGACGCGGCGGCGCUGGAGCUGCUUACGCGGCACCUGGCCUACCUCAUCGGCGGCGUCGUGCGCUUCCAGCUAGACGCCCUCAUCCCCUGGGCAGACCUGCCGGUGCCUGCCCCCGCUGAGCUGGCGGAUAAGACCCGCACCCCCACCUACAAGGCCUGGCUCUGCCGCCUCGGCGUCGUGCCGCCCGACGCGUUCGCGACCGCGGACUCCGGCCCGGAGUCCGCGUGCGGGACGCCGACGGCGGGCGGCGGGGGCGGCGGCGCGUUUGGGGCGGCGCCGUUCUGA